CCAGGCUGGAAGUUGUGCUAGGCCGCUCCGGAUCCCUAGGAGCUCGGCGUGAUGAAGGCCAUCAUCCAACGUGUCACUCGAGCCAGCGUGUCAGUUGGUGAGGAACAAAUAAGUUCCAUUGGACGUGGCAUUUGUGUGCUGUUGGGUAUCUCUGUGGAAGACACACAGAAAGAGCUUGAGCACAUGGUUCGAAAGAUAUUAAAUCUCCGUGUGUUUGAAGAUGAAAGUGGGAAACACUGGUCUAAAAGUGUGAUGGAUAAGCAGUAUGAAGUGCUAUGUGUUAGCCAAUUUACUCUUCAAUGUAUCCUGAAAGGAAAUAAACCAGAUUAUCAUAUGGCAAUGCCGUCUGAUCAAGCAGAAUCUUUCUACAACAGUUUCUUAGAGCACCUUCGCAAAGCAUACAAGACAGAAUUAAUUAAAGAUGGCAAAUUUGGCGAAUACAUGCAGGUACAUAUUCAGAACGAUGGACCUGUGACCAUUGAACUGGAGUCUCCUACAGCCCCUGUUGACUCUAAACAAUUAGCAAAACUUGAGAAACAACAACAGAGGAAAGAGAAAACCAGAAUGAAGGUUCCUUCUGAAUCAAGCAGAGAACGAAAUCUUCCUAGAAGUAAAAAUGAUCCAAGUGCAAGCAGUGGGGCUGAAGGAGAUGUUUCUUCUGAAAGGGAACCGUAACUUCUCAAAGCACCUUCAGGAAAGCUCAUAAAACACUACUGGUGACCUUCUGUGCUCGUUAGCUGAGGAUGCUAAAUUUUUAGAUGAAAAAUUAUUUGAUGCAAAAGGAGAAUUUGACAGAAGUGAGGAUCUCCAUCAUGCUGUAUUACAAACUACCAAAGGAAUAUUAUCAAUGUCCACCGUUAAUAGGUUUUAAAGCAAGUUUCUAUUUGGGUCAUUUCUUAUUUAGGAUAUUUUCAUUACAGAAAUUAUAUAACUAUCCCUUCCAUAUAGUUAGGUUUUAUAUAACUGAAAUGCCCACAUUAUUUUACCAAUGCAUAUAGUUCUUGGCAUAAAUGCUCUCAUCAUUACAACAGUUCCUCCCUCUGCUCUUCCAGUGGGCAUGAUCAAUCUAUCAACAGCUGAAGCGGAUGGCUGGAGGAGCAGAAUAGAAAUGCCCCUUGCAUUUUGGAAGCUCAGUACAACUGCAGGUGUUCUCUGUCUCCCCUACCCCACCCCACCCCACCCCAAACAAUCUGAAUCCUCAAAGGAAUCCCCAGGUUGUUUGUGUUUUCCAGGUUGAUGAAGAGGUCCAUUAUUUGUGUUUUGAGCUGUGUGAUGCUUAGAAUGUCUCUUAAAAUUCAACUCAAUACUUGAAAUUAAAUGUCCCUCCCUCAGUAAAGGAGGGUUACAUCCUGAUAGAAUCAUUUUCCAGCUGAAAUGUGUGGAUGUCUUUCAUACUGUAAACAUUGAUAGUGUAGUGGGACAACUCUAUCAGAGUUACUGUUUUAGAAAUCAGUCCUGUGCGUGGAUAUCUAUAGAGCUCUUUCUGACAUUUUUCUGUACUUCCUUUCCAUACUGCCAGACAUUAUGAGAAGGCCCAUACCGUGUGGGACAGAGUCUCCUGGAUCUUUUACCUUCCAGACACUGAAGUGAGGGAUAGUCAUAGCAGUAGCUCCUUCUCUGUGUACAAGACUGUUUAUGCUUUCUUGGCUCUACCUGAAGGAGCUGUGCUGCAGUAGCCCUCGUCUCACCAGUGAUAACCUGUAGGCCUCCGUUACGGAUGAGGCAAGUUUGUUAUGCAAGUUGUAGCAGCAUAAAUAUAAUAGAUCUUAUGAUCCAUUUCAUUAAAAUAAAUUUUCUCUUACUUUUUUUCUUUUAAGAGCAUUCUUCUACUUUUGGUCCAUCUAAUGUACAGGUAUCAAACUCUCAUGUUUGCCGUCACGUCACUUUUGCAACAUUUCCCCCCUUCGUGGAGUUGGGGUGGGCUUGGCCUGUGCGUGACACAUCUGGCCUGUGGGCCACCAGUUUGACACCCCCGAUCUAAUGUAUCUUUUCAGAAUAAAGUAUAAAAUGCAUUGUUUGUGUGUUGACUGUGUUUGGCUGUACAAUCUGUGGAAAAAACUGAAUUCAAGUUAGAUUAAUUUACCAAUUAUUUAAACUGUGAACUGUGUGUGUUUAUAUGUGUCAGUUAAAUUUUUUCAAAGCAAAGGACUUUAUUAAUAAAGUACAGCAUCUGAACAA